AUGGAGCCCCCUGACCUGCCCUGGCUCCAAAGCUUGGAUAAGCCGUGCCGCCUCCUGCUCCACGCGCUGGCCUCUGGCCCCUCCGGGACGCUGGCCGCCCUCCGGAUGCUGCAGCGGGUCGAAGCCCUCGAGGGACCGGGGCAGGCGUUUCCUUGGCAGAGCCUCACCGCAGCCCUGUGUGCCCAGGAGCCCGCGCUGGAGGGGCCGGAGGGGGCCCUGGCUGUCCGCCACCCGCGUCUGCUGCUGCUCCCCGUCGUGUGCCAGAGAAACCUCUUCUCGCUGCUCCUCGUGGUGCAGGCCGCGAUCCCGGAGGGCUGCCUCAGCCGGCUGCUCCAGGCCACGGAGCAGUGUUCCCACCCGGAUGCCUGGAUGCGGAUGCUGGGGGAUCUGCUCCGGCAGGGACUGAUGAGAGAGGGGCACUCCCCGGCUCCCGUGCCCAUGUCUGCCGCGUGCCAGCAGCAGCUGGGGGGCUUGGGUGGGAAGCGCAAGAAAGUGUCGGAAGAGAGCCUGGAAUCAGAUGAGGAGCGAGAGGGGAGAAGCCCGCUGCUGGAGGAGGCGGCAUUUGACCCCCCGGGAACACAGGAGCAUGGGGAUACAGCAGGGGUGGAAGAGGAGGUGCCUGUGGAGACUUCGGGGGGCAGAUCCACUCAGAGCCCGGCCGGAACUGCUCUGGAAAGUGCUCCACAGGAUGCGGCCGAGGAGCUCAGGGAGACUUCCCAGGCGGAGCUGGCAGCAGAGGUCCAGUCCUUCCUCCAGGUGCAUGGACCGAGGCUGAAAAUGCUGCUGCAGAAGGAGCCCAGCCACUCGGCGCUGAGCAUCCCACCCGAGCUGCACAUCCUGAACAAGUGCUCUCCCAGCCAGCUCGAGGGGCUGUGCUCCUUCCUCCAGCUCUCCACGUGCCCGGAGCAGCUGCUGGGGCGUUUCUGCAGCUGGCUGCUGGCUCUCACCCCCGACCUCAGCUACACCAGCGCGGCCGUCCUGGCAGAGCAGCUCUUUCUCAGGCGAGUCCUGUCCCUCGCCCGGCCGCCCUCCCGCCACCUCAUGGCUGCCCUCGCUUCGUUUUGCUCCAAGUAUUCCCAGCCCUUCUGCCGCGUCCUGUUGGCCGCAGUCAUGCGGGAGCCGGGGGAAGGUGCUGAGCAGACCAAGCUGGUGUGUGAGCUCGUGGAGGAGUGCCUGGAGCCAGACUCUGUGAUACUGGUGCUAAGCCAAGUCCUGGAGGUGCCUUUGUCGGAGAAGCUCCUGCCAGUAGUGCAGGCCGUGCUGGGGCGUCAGGAGGUGAUUCCCCCUGAGCUCUUUGAUCUCUUGGUCCUGACUCUGUGCCGGCACGCCCCAGCCUUUGCCAUGUCACAGAAUUAUGCCAAGCUGGUGAUGGCUGUGCUCACCACUUACCAAAGCCAGGUCACCCCAGGCCACCGGAGCUGUCUGGCUGCGGCUCUGGAUCACAGCAAGGCAGCUCUGAGGAAAUCGCUGCAGGCUGUGCUGGAAGGACCCAGAUGGCGCCUCGCUCCCCGCCUUCCCAAGAUGGCGGCGGAGGAGGAGCCGCCUAAGGCGUACGAGGCCUUCCCGGCAUCAGCCCUUGCA